AUGACCUCAACUGCAUCACAGUCAAAAGGCUUAGAGGAACCUACAAGUGAUAAAGGUGCUCAGAAAUAUGUGCCAGCUGGGCUCGAAAAUAUGGGGAAUUCGGUUGGUUCCCUUGGUCAUUUUCUUCGUAUUUUUUAAAGUGUUCCUUAGGUCAGGAAUUUUUUAAGCUCAUUCGCAGCACGCUAGCUUUAAGCAUGUUUUUAUGUGAUCGCCCUCAUCCGCACAGAGGCUUUAUCUUCUUAUAUUUGUAUCACUAACUAUAGUCAGCGAUAUAAAAUCACUUUUCGAGUCACCUACGUGGUCAGUCAUCGGAUUUCGUUUCAGUUUUUUGAGUUAUAGUCCCUAAUUUGCCGUAGUUUCGGGGUCAACCCCCCUAAGCAUAUUUGUUGUUAAUACCAUGUUUUUUAAAUUGAUUGAACUGUACUGUGUUCUUGCCUAUCUGUGGUUUGUAAGCUGUUUCACGGGAAGAUUUUUGGCAGACUAUCUUUCUUAUACUUGCUAUUGUCCGAACGAUCUCCGCGAAUUGUUUUGCCUAAUUUUGUUUACAGUGCUAUCUAAAUGCUAUUCUACAAUGCAUUCAAUGCACGGAGUCCUUGAGGAACUACUGUUUAGAAAAGAAAUACGAGCCCUCUCUUCGAAAAUCGGCAAAAACUGGAGGCGACCUAUUUCCUGGUACGUUUUCUCAUAGGCAAAACUUCAUACCCUAAUGAUAUUACAUCGUUUGUAUUCAACAGACUGUCAGCGUUGUGGAGCCUGAAGAUUCAAGUCAGGAGAUCGGCUAAAAUACUGGCGUGCAGCUGGAAGAUUGGAAAACUGAUGUGAAAGCGGCUUGCGCCGAGCACACAGAAAAUUAAAAUCAUGUAAACAGGGUAUUUCAAGACAAGCUUUGGCAUUAAAACCAUCUGGAAAUUGCCAAGAUCAGUGUUGACUUGUUGUAAACAGAUUGUAGAACAUUUCAGUCGAAGACCAACAACUUACCUUACAUUUGAACUUGAGAUUACAGCAGGGAUAAUAAAUAGCGAAGAAUGAUAAUCCUACGAGCCCGGGAGUGGUGUUAGUCAUCGUACCAGUCAGAUUUUGGUAGAAAUCGAAAGGUUUUAAAAGUAACUUUUCUUUAGAUUUCUUAAAUCCUGCCUCCGCCAUGUUAUUUGAAUUGAUGUUCUUUCUUGUGUCCUUUGAGUCAAAGUCCUUAUAGGAAGGGCGUCGAUUUUUGACUGACAAAAUUCUGGGAAUUAAAAUCACCACGGAGCGUUAACUGCAAAUCUGUACUCUCACUUUUACCCUGAGUUGUUUUUUGGAUUUGGUUGCACAUCAAAUUUUACAUCACCCCGGGACAUUUACCUUGUUCUUUAAAAACUGACCACCGUUAUAUCCUCAUGUUAUCCUUGGACUGAUUUGCAGAAACUUCUCAACUCCGACCAAAACAGUAGUAGCUUCUUCAGCUUUCCUAUGUGCCAGAUACUGUAUAGAUCGUUUUCAUAUUUUACCUUUUGAUCAAUUCUGCCUUUCUCUAGCCCUAGGCAGUGUGCUUAGUAAGAUGCAAGCCCACGCCGGGAGCACUGUACCUACGUCAGCCAUUCUCAGAUUCAAGAACGUGUUUGCCAAGGUGGUGCCAUCCUACGCAGGCAAUCUGUAAGUGAUGCUUUUCUUCAGAACUUCUUCGCCUUGCAUUUUCAGCUAGUUGAGAAGGCAUUUACAAAAUGUAGUAAGUCAGGAGCUUUUCGAGUUUUGCCAUAGUCACACGAAAUAUCCGAGCUCUAGCCGAACGGUUAAAUUGUAGUAGUUAACACUUCUCCCGUCUUGCCUUAUCAUAGGUGUCUCCACUCGUUGCCCACAAGUACCCAGUCUCUUCCUUAAUGAUUGCAUUUCAGCAUGUUCUGCCAGCGUUAUUCGAAGCAAUGGCUUUCGUAGAAUCAUUCUGGUCUCUUGUACCAAAUCUUCUUCUCUGUCACAGUAAACAAGAAAAGCCUUAACAAUAGGAUGUAUACGACAUGUCGGUGCUCAACUAUUCUGUGAACGUGUAGCCGUUAAUGUAUGCCAAGAAGUGCAGAAUGCAGAAUCAUCUAACUGAAAACACGAUUGGUUUUAUUUCAGGAAUAACAUAUUUAGGGACGUGCGCCUUGUUCAGUAACCUUACCGUUAGGAUCAUCUAGUGCGACGUCGACUUUUGUAGUUUACUGACGUUUCAAGAUACCUCGAAUGGCCGUGGCUGUGAUGUAGCUCAAUUUUUAUUCUCAUUACUGAUUAUCAAUUUUCUUUUUUCGCUUCCAAGGCAACAAGAUGCCCUAGAGUUCCUGACUUACCUUUUGGACCUACUCCAUGAGGAGACUAAGAUCUGUCUCCAGGAGCCGCCGAAAUCCCGACCCAACAGAAAGAGUGUGCAUCAACUGCCACCCACCGAGGACAUUUCCCAACGGAAUCUGUCACCGCCUACACAUCACGCCGACGGCGUAGAUCACCCACCCGCAUCCCACUCUGCUAUGCCUUCAGAAGAUAGCUCCGUCCACGUUGACCCUUCUUCACUCUCCUUCAGCAGCCACAGUGAGCUGCCCACAAAAUCGUUCCCUCCCAUAUUACCCUGCGAAGGUGGUCUUAAUGGCACCGGCUCCAAGGGAACCAAGCGUUCGGUGUUCAGGCGGAUAAUGCGUCGAUUUAAGGCGAAGUCGCGCUCAUCCUCAAAAACCAGACAGUCAAAGGGUGUCGAAGAUGAAUCUGCAGCCGGCGGACUUCUGUAAGUUUCGUUUUUCUACGACAUAUCCACAAACUCAUGAACUGUGCCAAAAUACUCAACCCUCUCCUCGACGCGUCGUCCGAAGCCAACGUGAAGAAAGGUUUUGGGGAAAAUAUUAUUAGGUAUCUGACUGCGAACAUUUUUGUCAGGAAGGAAAUUUCGAAAAAGGACACCGGAGAUCAGCAUAGUUUAAUGCAUACAAAUAAUGCUGUCUGACAAGCAUUUUUCUCGUAAAAGAGCUUUUUCGCUUAAUUAUGAGGAAUAGUCUGAAUGCUUUAUUUCUUUUUCCUAACUACGAUCAAAUUAGGCAUUUUCAAUGGACGCGUUUUAUAAAUCUCACUACCCUCUUAACGUCUGAUGGGCAAAACAAUUUUUCUAGUUGCUCGCGCAGCCUCGUUCUCUUCGCUGCUUAUUUCAGGACACCGUUGCUUUUAUAUAAUCCAGAUUUUCCAAUGUUAAUUCUACACACUACACCCCUUCCGCGUCUCGAUUUUGUGUACGUUUACUAUCAGUCGCGUGGAUUAUACUAGAAGGAAUAAACUGCCAACGUUUUCCUCGCCUGAGUAAUGUGUCCUGUUUAGCAAGGUCCCGUAAUCGAUAGCACGAUUCACGACAAUAGUUUGUAACGCAGAAUUUUAAAAGGCGAGUUCGCAAUCACUUUCUCGAAAGCAAUGCGCUUUUUAAUAGCUGAACUCACAAAAUGUUCAUAGACGCGAAAUAUGAAAUUCCAGGUCCAGAAAGCCCCCUUUAUGAACUUGCCUCACUUUUAUUAAUGCCCCUAGAUGGAAAAAGGUGCUUAAGCAUGCGACCUCAGCUUGCGACUCACGACGUUAGUUGACUAUAAGGAUACGUCGGUUUUUGUCUAGAAAGAUGUCCAGCUAUUCUCUGGCAAACUUUGAAACGAAUUCUCCUUUGAAUCAAUACGCUGUAUGAAUAUAGACUAUCCGACAUUGAACAGGCUUCAUGGCCUGCCCCCGUCAGCGACAGUCCUGCGCUAUCAGCUUACAAGACAACGCACAUGAUAGCCUUGUUUAUGCACUUCCAGCCCCCAAGGUCGCCCGGAACGUACGCGUUUGCGUUUGUUUAUGAUAUUUUUUCCGCUGACGGAACAGGACGUCACACGAACUUUCAGAAGUCUCUGCGAGGAAAGUACAGGACACUUCAGUUCUGCAGUGCGGACUUCCAAAUGCCCCACCCCAUGGAGCAGACAGUAGUCGUUGCACGGACAACGCGUUUGAUGACGAUCACAUGACUCUGGAGGACCGCACUCCAACUCCGUCGUUGUCGUCGUCUUACAUGCACCUCGCGGGUAGAAGUAGGCGGACAAACGACCACUCAGAUGCACACUCAUCCACUCAAUUUCACGCACAUACGCAACAUCCAUCACACACCAGAUCAUGCAUCCUCCCGACUCAAUACGUCAGCAUGAUAGUGACGGGGGAAACGUCGCAUUUGAGGACAUGCGCAUCUCAUGCGAAUGGGAAGCGUGUUCCUCCGUGCCUCUUGGGGCACCCGCAGUGGGGAUCAACUCGUGUACGGAGCUCGCGCUCACGUACACGGGUCCUUGAGCUUCCCAUCAACUGCCAGCGAGGUCCAGAACACCGACUGCUGUAUGGGAGAGAGAGAGCGACCCCAGGACACCCAUCUUCAUGUCGAAUCAGCUUAUUCCUCACUAAAUACAAUCUGAGGCGCCUGAACCACUCACGAACUAAAGGUCGUGACUAGAGUAGCUGCCAACUGAUGAGCUGACUCGGUCCGCGUGGGGUGACUGCAGAACCGAUAAUCAGGCUGCAGGGGCGUGUCAUGUCCUUCAUAGUACUCCCACCCACGCGGAGUCCGGGCUGUCCUUACCCCCAGCCUGCAAUGGAAGUCAGGUCGCGUGUGGCGCGUGUAGACGGACUGUUUAGCUUUGUCACCCACUCCGUCCACGUUCAUCUCCGGUCGUCUUGACAGUGUCUUGCUGCCGGAGCAAGGUGUGUUAGGGAGGAGAGACUGCUGCGGGGAUGCUACGCAAAGCUGCUUCUCUGUGGAGUCACCUGUGCUGCACUCGCUCUGUGGGGCUCGCAGUAGACAUCGUCGUUCACGACAAGCGAACUGUCACUCCUGAGUGGAACCCGCAGACAACGAAGACCAAAACUGCUGUUCCCGCUCCUUCCUCUUCAAGGGCCCGCCGUCGUAGAAUCUACCGCUGUCUUGUCGAUUUCAGCGAUGGCCCCGCAGGACGUGUCCUGGUUAGCCCAUGCGGCUCAGCAGACCGAGCUUGCAGUCAGAGGAACUUGUCAUUAUCUGUCCAAAAUGCGGUUUCGUCUUCUUUUAUUCAUAUCUGUGCCAGCCGCUGCCCCAUGCAAGCCGGAUACGGAUCCCAAAAGGUCAGAUGACUUGGCAAUAGACACACAACUUGUUUGUAUCCCUUAAGAUCUCGCCCGAACAAACGGCCGAUGAGCCCAGUUAAUCGGCUAAUAAAUGUCCCGUGCAGCGGAAGGUCUCAGUCAUUCUAACAUCACCGUCCUGAUUGUCCAUUUGCUAUAUUCUGACGCAAUUGUGACUUAAUUUUUUCCCGACUCAUAUGUGCAAAAAGAACUUGAAAAUCAAACUACUUCUUUUGCUGCACUUCGGAUCACUCCCACCUCAGCGUCGUUCACAAAUAUUUUCCGUUUUAGUGGGUCCGCUGAGGCCGCCGCGCAGGAGAGAAGCUUCCUGAAAGGUAUUUUAUCCUUCAAUUUUUUUUGUCGAACUCACUUCAAAUAGUCUAAAAGCACUGACCUGCGCGCCACCAUCAGCAUGCUCUGUUGUUUUAUUCUGGCGGAAGGCAGAGCCGUGUUCACUUUUGUCCUCGCAUGUGGCUGACAUGCAUUGGAAGAGGUAGCGUGUAAAGUGCUGCGCCUUCCCAACCAAUCGCGUUCGUGCGCGGUUUGGCAUGCUCAGUGACCUUGAGGUGGCGUUGUAGAACAGUGGCAGGUCGCAAGUAACUGCCGGUUAUUGCGGGGUUUGGCGGAACUGGGAGAACCGCGGUAUCCGUUUGAGAUGCGAGUUUUCUGCGCCCAUCAUUAGCCCAAGCUGGUCAUGUCUGAUCUCGCAGUCGUAAAGACUGACUAUGAAGUAUGCGAUUUAUUUUGCCGCUAGACCGCUCACGGAAAGCUUUUGAAGACCUAAAAAGCCCGUUCGGAAGUUUAUUCAUCUAAAUUGGGUCAGAAGGAUGAUGGUCCUACCGAAACCCAAUCUGUGAUUUGCAACCAAGGUGACAUGUUUUUUCCAUAUCCACUAAUGCCAGAUUUUCUUAGACGAGGACGUCUCGCAGUUACGACCAUGUUAUCUUCCCGUCUUUAUUUGAAACGCACAUAUAAUUGUAAGUAGUCUGUAAAUGAUUCAAUGCCCACCUUUCGCUCCAUCUCGAGUCAGUGGCUUCUUGAAGCCACCCCAUUGUCAGGAUAUCGAGCCAACCCCCACACAAUUAUCUUUCGGAGUUUGAGCACUGUGCUGGAAAUGAGUGCGGUAAGUGGUGGUAAACUCGAUUUAAUUACCAGACGAUGGUUGGUAGACUAUCGAACGGCAGAAAAAGCAGCCGCGCAAACGUUCGCGCACGCAAAGUGAUGACUCCACGACCUGCCUGCAGUCUCGUCUAUGGGAUUGGCGAUCUGAACCUCGAAAUUCUUCUGGGGAUCUGGAUGCUGCCUAUGAGCGAUCUGGUAGGUCAGAUCGGCUUACUGCAAGACUCCUAUCGCUUUUCAAAUGCUUCCACCGGAAGUCACAUGGUUGGUCCGGAAGGGAGGGGGAAACAUUUGUGAUGGAUUAAUUGUUGCCUCAAAUAAUAAUAAUAAUAGUAGUUUUAUUGAGCACCCGCGUGGGCACUGCCAAUGAAUGCCUAACUACGCGAAAUGGUCAUUCCCCGUCGACCGCAUCUGGCCUCCGGGUCCCAUCCGCGGCCGCACGAUACCUCAGAGCUCAGUGGCCACGUCGUGGUAAUCGCUUCCAUUGCGGGGUAAGUCAGGUGAGAGUAGUCAUAGGCUAGUCUGGCCAAGUGUGCGUCGUACGGUCCUGUCGGUAGGAGGGUUCAGUCUUGUUGUGGCUUUGGUCGGGUCGGCUACUGCUCCUAGGUUCAUCAAAAGUCGUCUUGAGGCGGUGGAGGUCUUCCCACCCAUCUUAAUCUGGCUCACACGAAAGUCAGCAUUGUCCCCACCUCCCCUCAUAUUGUGUUCGUAAUAAUUUGUGUUUCAGAUGGUCAAACUACGAUUUGAGCCGUCAGUCAGCGCUCUUAAUCAUGUUUCCUACGAUGUAUUUAUUUUCGGACAACCGCUACACGGUAUAUUUUUGUCCGUCGCUGGUCUUUCCAUUUCGAAGGAGCUAUGCAUUUGAAACCUCGAAAACCCGCGGUUCUUUAACAAUAUUUGAAUUUUCACACGCUCGCACGUAACAGCCCGACCGCCAUGACCGACAAUCUCCACCAUUUGCUCCACAGCAGGGGGAGGGCAGGGAAAUGAGUUGAGCGUGAACUAUUUUAUCGUGAUGGUAGAUUUGCGCAGCAUUUACCGCACUCGCUCCUCCUGGCAACGGUACAGAGAAGGAUUCCACUUAAUUGUCAGUAGAUUGUGGAGCGUACCAUACGUGAUUUAUGGUAAAGGGCGUUUUAUGGGUGGGGCAUCGCGCUUGACAGUAAGCUGACAAAAUGAGUGAAAACACAGAAAUUGCCUGGAUGUUGUGCCGAAAGUCUUGUCUUACGCAAUUGUACGAAAAUGAUAAUGAGAGUAAUAAUUAAGCAAUAAACAAAAAGUUAAUUUCACAAAAUAACGGAUUUUGAGUUAAGGCGUGGGAAGUAAUCGUUGUUGGCAGUGCAAUUUCUGCAACAGCCUGCAAAUGCACGAUCCACAGUCUACUGACGGUUAAGUUGGGCCCUUCUCUAUACCGUUGCCAAGAUUUGUCCCAAAACCUGAGGAGAAGGCAUAUGACACGAUCCACAGUCUACUGACAGUUAAGUGGGGUCCUUCUCUAUACCGUUACCCUCCUCUCCCCCACCUAGGUCCGGUGUCAAUACGUAGUCAAGAAGAUCGGAGGCGGGAGAGUGCGAAAUUGGCUGGCACCGUCGUACCACCGCCCAGUCGUACCGCAUCACACUAGGUGGGAGUGCCACAAAGGUCGCAUUAUGAAGGAGCCAUCGCACCCGGACUCUCAGUCCACCAGCCAGCCUCUAAACACAAACAAACACACAGACACACAAAAUUGGGCUGACUGCGUGGACUGAGUUUAAGCGUCAGUUGGUAACCUUCCUAGCUACGGCGUUUAGGGCACUAAGGCUCGGAUCAAAAAUGCAGCAGAGCAGCCACUUUGCGAAGGACCUGAGAAACACACUUCCCACCUACAUGAGAGGUGCCAAUUACAUGAUUGUGUUGUGCGAUGAUGGGGGAUGUUGGUAUGUCCUGCAGGUGCUAGUGAGAAGAAGUGUGACGGUUUGAUAUAGCUGGCAGUGUUCUAUGGCGAGUUUUCAUGGAGGCGUAUGUGGCCUAAUAGACCUGUGCGGUAGUUGAAUGUGCGAGGGCAAUCGGGGCACUAAGGCAAUUGCGGCGAGUUUAAAUUGACGUUUCAGGCACCGGUUCGCAACCUCCGUGCGAUGGGUUCUCAGGUGAUCGGCUAGGCCGAUGCGUGAGGUGAACCUGUUGUGACAGAGUGGGCACCCCACAACCCCCGGUCCACAAAGACGAAGAUCAAGAAGACGAAGGCGCGAUCACUUUAUUAUUAUCAGUGACCCCCUCACUCCUUUGGAUUGCUAUGUUCCAGCAGUUUUGAAUACACUUUCUUUGUGAUUUUAGAGACAUUUGUCGGUCAUCUUCAGUCCCGGCUGCGAUGUUGUCGCUGCAAGAACCUAACCACACGCAACGAACUUUUCUGGAACCUUGCUCUUUGCGUCCCUGAGGUAAGCUUUGCUGGUAGAGCGCACCUUCGUUGUAUAUUUUACGAAUUCUACAUCAGUAGCCCUUAUUCACUGCAAGCAGGCAGCAAGUGCGCCAUAGUCUAUAACAUAAUAUUAGAAGGAAGUAUGGUAACAGGUGCCGAUAGAAGUGCAUCGAGCUUUCACGGUGCCUACAUAAUUUGUAUAUAUAUGGCAGUGCAUCGAAGAUAACGUUUAAGUUAUACCUAUUCAACAUAUGUAAGUAUGUAUUCCUAUUUUACCAAAAACGGAUAGGAAAAGGCAGGGGAGACCGGACGUUCGCCCGCGGCCGAGGCACCCAGGGCGUCCGAAGCCUCCCCGCCCGGACUGAAACAACAGUCUCCCACCGGCAUGCCGUCCCACACGAAGAACCCCAAGGAAGACUCUGAUUCUCACUCCAGAAAGAUCUCCACUGUCAGCAGCGUCGUUUCCGACUCAUCAACUAUUUCUGAUGUCAGUUCCACACCCAGCGUCAGCCUCAAGGACUGUCUGGACGCCUUCACCAAAGUUGAGGUUUUAGACGGCGAUGACAAGCCGGUAGGUCCCUUUUUGUCUUUUUUUACACAGCCUGUGGGUCAGCCCAGGUCCUGCUUCUUAGCAAACUCAAUUGUAAAAAAGCGUGGUAGAGGGACGUCCACCGAUCGUUUCUACAGAAGUCACUCCUCCCGUUGUGUCUUAAGGGUUCUCUCUCGAGCCCAACCAGCAGCCGCUUAGCGACGCGCAAUAUAGGGUCGGUGAGCGCGCCUCUGCCAUAUAUAUAUGCCGGAAAUACCAUAAUCGUCACACCAGUAUCCAGCGCGGAUGACGAAAUCACGGCAAUUAACUACUCGUUAUCGGACUGACAAGCCACCAUCGUAUCAAUUACGACCCCAGCGGUGAUUGCGAGAGCUGUUAAUUGCAGUGCGCAUACAGUCCCACGGCAGCCACGUGCUAUAAAUACUGCACUCCUUGUGCCACCAUCACCUUUAUCUGCGAAUGUCUCUGAUGACGAAUUCGAGUGAGAAUCCGAAACGUCAGGCCAAUAAAUUUAUUGUUCCAGUGAUCGCAUCUUGGUCUUCCAGAGUGUAUUUUGUGCACACCCAUACGAAAUCCUAUACAUGGGGGGGGGGUGUGGUGGGACGCCCAGAUGUAGGCUCGUUCCGUGCCGGCCACCUGCACUCAAUCCUCCCUCCGGUCUUUUUCACUCGGUCUUGACACGAUCCACGGUCUACUGUCAGUUAAGUGGGGUCCUUCUCUAUACCGUUGCCCUCCUCUUCUCCACGUCGGUCCGGUGUCAAGACGUAGUCAAGAAGGCCGGAUGCAGGAGAGUGCGAACGUGGCUGGCAUCGCCGUACCAACGCCUAGGCGUACCGCCACACCCGGCUCGGAUUACACUAGGAAGGUGUGGACGGAGAGCGUGCGGUUGAUGCAACGCAAAUUUACUAUUACUGUGAACUAAUUCACGCGCAAGUCCACCGUCCCCGUACCCACCCUGCUGCGGGGCACACGCUGGCCAUUGUCGGUCGCGAUGCUCGGACUGUACUAGGUCAACUGUGCAUCAAGCGGUCCGCCAUAGGUACUCUACCUUGAGAACCGUGAAUGUAUAUUUACACAGACUCUUUCACUCAUGCAGCAAACAAAUAUUACCGUCAUAACUUCAGAUCGCACCCACUCUAAUGCGCUCGAGCACUGAAGACUGUACUUUGGCGGGAGAUGAUAUCGUUUCGUUUUUCAAAAAGGAGUGCCAGUGGAAAUCUGAAAGCGCGCUAUUAGAUGCCAUUACAGCAGUCUGUAGCUUGCAUUCCUAAAAGGCCGAAUCACACCCAUUCUAGACCUACGAAGACUUUAGGUUUUUUCCCCAACACCUUUUAAGAUAGAUAGCCGUGCAGGGCAAAGCUUGCGCAUUAGGUCAUCGCAGGCUAUGAAGAAGCUGUUUGAUACCGUCCUUUCCUCAUGUGAUCUGUAUGUUAGAGAAUACGCUUUCUCCUUCUCUCUCCCUAGACCUGCGAACAUUGCAAGGAGGCUACGAAGGCCAAAUUUCAAGUCCUGGUCUCUCGCCUCCCGGACAUCCUUGUACUUCGUAUCCUUUUGAAGACCCCUAUGGUUUAUUUUGCCGAGUAGACCAUUUAUGCAUGGCCUUCUCAGCUGGAUAAAUUGCCUCAUUUCCCCCCCCCUCUCUCUCGCGUCAGCUAAAACACUUCUAAAACGGACAAUGGGAGAGAACUAGCCCACGGUCUAUCUCCGAAAAGCAGAUACUGACGGACGGCCGAUCCCUUCCCCUCCCCCAUUUCUGCGACUUAGUCGAUAUCCCAUUCUUGCAUGAGAGACGAGGACCUUGGUGUUGCAGGAUUGCGAGCACCCUGUUUGGGCUAACCAUGUCUUGAAUGGGGUCAGGCGACAGACCUCUUAUUCACAGAAGCUCCACAACCAUAUCGAUAGAUCAUAAGGUACCUGACAUACGGUGCGUGACCGGUCUCAUGAAAUGUUGGCUGAAAUCCUGAAAUGCGUCUUCGAUUAGGACGGAUUACUUAGGUGGGAUUUUUUAAAUUGCUUAUCAUAAGACAUAAUCCUAUAGUAUUUCGGACUCAUCAGGAUGUCGGAUUUAGAAUGCACUUCUUUUUGACCUUCUGCAGUAACCACACUCGGCAAAAUGACUAUUUAAGUAGCAUGCUUUUUUCACAUUGAUUUUCGGCGGUCCUAUAAAUUCAAAGAUAUAGAAAACAUGCACGAAAUAUGCUUUCUUUUAUUCUUUUGGUAGAAAAUCACCUUAUCUUCGCGUUUUUUACUCGAAGAAAGCGGAUAUUGAGGUUUUGAAAAUGUUUCUAGUUAUAGAACGCGCCGGCAGCCGCACGAAAGCGCACGGUAUAGUCAGAAUGGCAUUACCGACAAAGGCAAGGGAGAUUGGGAUGGCCAUUUCUGGCUUAAUACCUGUCGUCAGUCAGUCAUACCCAACCCCGAGGCGUGGAAUACCCGAAGUUUGCAAUUUUAACUGUCUUUAACACAUUUGUUCUUCUCUGCUUCCGAUAACGAUUUGAGGAACUGACGGCUGCAAGGUUGUACGAUUGGAGGAGCGUACUGCUCGAUGAGGACAAUGAGUAGAAUGACAUUAUCGACAAAGACAAGGGAGACUGGGAUGGCCAUCUCUGGCCCAUUAGCUGUCGUCAGUCAGUCAUACCCAACUCCUGUGAAACACCCGAGACUCGAGAGCGAGAACCUCAAGAUACAAAGUAACGAGUGCGUUCCGUAACACAAUCGGUGAGCGCCCCUCUACCGUAGUCUGAACAGUUGACAAGAAUCUGUACAAAGUUCGCUGUUCAUUGGAGCAAAGAACCCAUUAUCACUUUUCACAAUUUCCGUGAACAAUAAAAUGCCCCAUAAUUGAGCAUGGAUGUCUGCUGGAAACGCUGAAUUCUGUGCGUUAGUAUCACUUUCGUUUAGAUAAUGUGAGUUUUUUGAUCGUCAGUCGAGGUAGGACUUUUCGAAGUCAAGAUUUGCACUACUUCCAGUGAAAACCUACGAUCCCGAAAUGAAACGGCACUGAGACUUCCUUUCAAAGGAUACCGACAGCAUGCUCAACCUUGCAGCGGGCCAUGAGGUUGUUGUGCUGGACGAACUGGGGGAUGGGGGGGGCAGAUUAGGGUGCUGAAUGCGUUUUUGGACUUCACUCCCACUCACGGAGGCUGGUGCUAUGGCACGUCUAGGCGCAGGUUCACGCCGCACCAGCCACCUGCGAUCGAUCCCGCCUCCGGUAUUCUUGACACCGGACCCAGGGGAGGGUUCGGUGGAUGCAGCCCAAGUCCGCCAUCAUUGGAAAUUAACUCACGCGCAAGUCACCGUCCCGUCGCCCGCCACGCUGUGAGGCAUACAUUGUCGGUAACGAGGGUUGGACUGUUUUGUUAGAUCUUUUCCCCCUGCGUAUAAAACCGACAGAUUUCGGUCGAUAUGCAUUAUUUUAAUAGGUAGUUCUCUUCUGUCUUAUCCCUAACUGACUGAACUGGCUAGAAUUUCUACGAUUCGACUCGUCCUCUUCUUACAACAAGCGGCGAAAUCUCAUCGGCUUCGAUUUUGAAUUGGACCUGAAGACAUACACCACGAAAGGUCUGUUACCGCUUCCUUAGAGCCUUAUUUUUUGCUGAAUGUUGGUCAAGUACCUUCUGCCUUUAAAACCAAAAACUCAUAUUUCAAAGGACAGUACAUAGGGAUUUGUCGAUCAUAUUUCACGCAUAAAUGAGGAUCUUAAAAGCCGAGUUUGUAUUCGAUUUCCGUACGUGUUCGACCUGGAUCCGCGCUUUUGUGUCCAUCUUUUAUGUAUAGUUUGAGAGGAUAGGCAAGACUUGUAAAACAUCUAUGAGAUCUCUGGCACAGUCAUAAAAGUAAUCAGACCCUCCAAUGGUGACAGUAUGGUCAAUUUUUAAACUUGUGCAAAUUCGACUUCCUCAGUGAUAAUGCCCGAUGUGAUGUGCAGUUCCACUGACAGUUCCAACGGCCAACAUAUGGCGUUAUCACAUCCACGGAAGGAGGUUAUCCCUUUUCAGCUUUCCCAUCUUUGACCAGAUAUGGAGAACUUCCAAAUGACUGGUUCAGUUAUCGGAUGCUAAAUAGACCGAGUUUUGAAACCCCUUCCAGCCCUAGUUCACGGUUUCCCCAAUCAUGGAGAAUACGCAAUUGUCAACUUGUUACUGCAAUCUGAUUGAAUAAACAUGGAAUUCGGCGCGGCUAUCUGAAUUGUAAGCUCAACGGAUCCUCUAAGACCGAAAUGAACCCAUUCCUAUCAUAAUUAGUAUCGCUUCCGCACAUUUUAUCCGCCCUCCCGCGAUGGGUUGGAUUUUCUCUGGCCUACUCUCCUAUGUAUGCCCAAGAUUGUCGAUCAAAGUGCAUGGUAAGGCACUGUUUUUGCCGCUACUACUACUGCUACUACUACUAUUAUUACUACUACUACUACUAAUACUACUACUACUACUACUACUACUACUACUACUACUACUACUACUACUACUACUACUGCGGGAGUAGUCAACUAAUCGAAUCACUAUCAACCGAUAGCCCGAUCCUGACUCAAUGCGCGACAUUCGUCUAUUUUGCGCUUCUGCCUUUUAGUGGAAAACAGUAAGGAGGCUGACUGUUUGGAAAAUUUUCUAGCAAAGACAGGGAAAGUGAAGCGGCUAUCUCUGACACGUUAGCCGUUAUGUGACCGCCUUCGUGAACUGUAGACUCUAAACCCUAAGGCAAAACGGAACUGCCAACUUCUUUCCUGCCAUCUGGAUCGAUCUGGGCACGAUGCCAUCCUAACAGGCUUGUUUAUUUGUUGACGCACUGUAACUGGAGUAUUACAAACUCAUCCGGCCUCCCCUAUCGCUUACCGGCUGAGCACUUCGCAUUUAUGUCAGAGUUCUGCUUGCGAAAUCGUACCCUACUGUGUAACCCGUCCCAAGAGCGUGAGUAGAUGUUUGUGUUGACAACAGCAACGACAAACUACUUCUCUCCCGAGCAAUUUUGAAGUAGUGAAGAGAGGGAGACGAAGAAGCGUCCCCUCCUCCCCUACUUGAUAUUCAGUGCAGUCUGGGUCUAUGAACAGCGGUCUAGACUUGUCCACGCCGGCCAAAGAGGCGUUAAGGCGGUCUGUGUUUUGGGCCAGAAGCCCGCCUUCCAUUCUACGCUUCAGCAGAUUUCCGUGUUCAUGUCUUCCACAGGUCUGGACGACAGUCCCUGCCGCCGCACAGGAGGAGAGGCGCGGCAGCCAUCCAUCCUCAGAGCCAACGAGGCCCAACCCAAUCCUCCCAGCCGUAUCCGUUUACGACUGGAAAAGUCGGGGCGGCCGAAUCGUUUUUCGACAUGUCUGCCCCCACAACUACCUCUCCCCAGCGCUGCUCCUCAACCACCAUCACGGAGUGGCCGAUUGCGUCGGAAGAGCCAUUCCAGUAGCAACAUCGACACCCAGACGACCGCUAGUUGUCUCACCCCAUCUGUCUCCAGUCUCACCUUGACUGCUGAGUCGUCGAAGUCUCUGGCUAGCCUGAAUGGGGACACCGCCUGCUGCCAAGAGGAUUCCACUGACGACCUGAACAAUACGCGCUACCGGCUCUACGGCGUCGUCUAUCAUCGAGGCUGCACAGACCGUGGUCACUAUACCGCCAAGUGUUUUGUUAGACCGCCCUUCAGCAAGGAGCCUGGUUGGUAUAACUUUGACGAUGAGAAGUAAGUCCAGCAGCAGCACAUUUUCUUUUGAGCCUUGUUUUGCCCACAAGGUGUCCGACACAGUCGCUUCUUGUGAUCAGCCAAUCAAAACCCCAGCCCUGACUGACUUGACUUCUGGAUUGACCGGAAAGGACCACCCUCUGUAGUCAGCAAAUGCGGCCCUUUUGGCUCAGUUUUUUAGGGUACAUCGAUAUCUCUGGUUCCAGUAUUCAUGGUGGUGGAGUGGUAUCACGCAGGGUCGUAUUUACUCACCUGAUUUAAAUUUGAUUUUCAUUGGCUAGGCGGGGGAGGGGGGGGGGAACGACUAGAGAUUAACUUCGGCACAUUUGUUAAUCAAGCUCCUGUGUGGGCAGUGUGAGAUUGACUGAAAAUCGGCAACCGCGUCCAACAAUGUCUUCCGCUCACUUCCAGCACGCCAUUUGCCCUUUGUUACUCAGGCGCGGGCUCUCAGGGUGUAUAAUUGCAGCAAGCAAUCAAUGCUGGAAAGGCAAACUUAAAGUUCCGUUGCCGUGUUUGCUUAUGGGGAGUUGACACAGGGGAACCGGGAAGAUGGUUUCUGACUUAUUCGCCGUUAUCAGCCAGUCCAGAUCAAGAGGGCCCUGGCUCUACGUCCGGAUUCAUUCGGUCAUUAGGUCAACCGUUUCAUCACUAAUUUGAGAUGCGACUCAUGCCCCGACAGAUAGACCUCGUUGCCGAACGCAAUAAACCCUCGUGCGUCAUCCUCGUCUAGCAAACCGAUCUGAUUAUUGGUGGUAGAAACGAAUAGGCGAGUUCAAGGGAGUGGCCGCGGAGAAGGAGACAUGAUUCAAUCCCACAAGCAAGUUUGACGAAACAGAAGUUCUUGCUAGAGGCAACAACCGUGUGAGCCGUGAACUGCUCGAUUCAUGGUUUUUUGGUUCCCAAUAUGCGCAACGACCUCCCCUCUCCAUCUUUGGUGCUCAGGCUUAGCUUAGGCAAACUAGGUAGGCGCGAGGAGAACGACCGGAUAACCACUAUCCCCGGUAUCAAUGUCGGCGAGCCAAAUCAAACAAGAGUCCACACGAAUGACGAAAUCCGAUAGUCAGCCACUCGGCGGUGUACGAUGAGCAUGGGAGUCGGUAGUCUUGACCGGCAUACAGACGCAUAGCAACUGCAUGACAGCGGCAUGCUUCGACAUCUGGCCAAGUCGAGCCGUGAUAUACUUGGGAGCUGCCAACUAUAACAGGCAUGGAGCGGCCGAGUAACUACAUUCUGUAAAUAUUUCAACACCUGGUCAAUCCACUACCCUUAUCUGACUCUGUCUCUGAUGAUGGAUUCGAGUGAGAAUCUGAGACGUCAGGGCACAAAACACUUGUUCCAGCGAUCAUAUCUCCUUCUCCGUGACCCGACUAUUAGCGCUUGCGGGCAGCUGGUCUGCACUUCACAGGAACCAUUUUAAAGAUCUGCCAGAAACGGUAAGAGACUCUUAUUUACAUAUAAACGUAUUCAUAUCACGCACACAAUCGUCCUUACACGCCCUAUGGGUAAAACGUUCUCCGUGUACCAUCCCUGAGUGUGCAUUUGAGUCACUAGUAAGUAUCCUCGCUUCAGGACGACUAAUUUAGGUGUCCUUGUUUUUCGCCUGUGGUGAUGUUGAUGGGCUCAGUCGUGCUGGCUGACCAGUAAACUGUUGGUUAGGUCCUGUGCAGAAAAUGUACAUGCAUGUACGCCUGCGUGUGCCAUUCUGACUUGGGGGUCAACUAAUAGUCACAUGUCUGCCUCAUUACCUCAUGCUUCUGCCACACUGGAAACCUUUUCACGCCAAUUUUUAGCUUGGUUUUAAUGAACCUUACCACAGUCGGCACUGUGUGUGUGCGACGUUGAAAGUGGCGGAAAAAGUGGCACACCUUAGCAGCUGGAGCAAACUAAAUGUAUGCAAAUGUCAGAGGGGAUUUGCUUACUUAACACUUUUCACCUGUCUUGCGUAAUCUGUCGAGAACUCCUUCCCCUCACCGUCAUUCUAUAUCGGAAAAAGAAAUUGAGACCUUGGGUAUAAUGUUGUGAUAGGACUAUGUGCAAAUCACGUCGGGGCUACCACCAUGUGGGGAUUGAGGGUAUGAAAUCAACUUUGACCACACACCAGACGUCAAGCAGCUGUGAGAACUGGGCCAUCCUGUAUACUGGACAGGUUGCUGUGAGCUGUCUGUUUGCUGCUGUGUCAGAGCAAAGCGUCCGUUCGAGAGUGCCUAAUUCGUGAUGUGUUGUUUACGCUAUCAUAGCUUGGCAAACUUUGACCUGGUAGGUAGUUGCCUGUUCGCGACUCCUUUCGCCCAUACGAAGCUUGUUUGCUUCAGGAAGCCAGUGGAUCGGUGUGCGCCCAUUCUUGAGUGAAUAAAUACCCGAUCUGCAGCGACAGAGAAAGGGAGUCCGGAAUGGCCAUUUCUGGCUUAUGAGCCGUCAUCAGUUCAAUGAUAGAGUGUCAAACUCUAUGACCAAAGAUCCCGGGCCCGAAUCCCAAUUUGCCCACACUUGAGUUUGGGUAUGACCGGUUAGUGACAGCUAAUAAGCCAAAAUGGUCAUUCCAGUCUCGCUUGUCGUUGUAGGUAUCAUCUCAUAUGUGUAUAUAUAUGUACAUCAGACAGGGUGAUUAGAAAGGCACAGUCAGACUGGCACAGAUCUGCGUUAGGCUUAUAUACUCAAUCACAAGUCUACCCAUCAUCUGGGACCAUAAGGACAAACGCGCGCACGCACACAGCUCAAAUGGUCCACAGACAGAUUCAUAAACACUUAAUCGGACCGAAGUCCAUCGCGGCCUCUCCACCAGGAAUUCCCUCUCUCUCUGUAGAUCAGGCAUCUAUUCGUACAAGAAUGGGUUUACCUAAGUAAACAAAUUUCAGAUUGAUGGUAGAAGUAACCAACGGGCAACCACCUCAGUACGCGUGUUGCGAUAUUUCUUCGGAAAAGCAAUAAAAUAGUAUUGUUCGUCCUGACCGCCAAUAUCAGACACUUCGUGUCCGUUUGAAUUUUUCUACAAUUAUCAGUCUAGAACACAUUCACAUGCCUACUACCUGUAGUCGAAUCGGUGUUUCUCUCGCUAACAUCAUAAGAGAGCAUCGGCAGUGAUUUAGUAAGAAGCGUCGGAUAGGGGUUGCAUAAUCAUCCGAGCUGCGGUAGUUCUUGACCUGCAAAUUGGUUAAUAUUUGUUUCGGGUCAUACUGCCGGCCACGACCACUGUUCGUGACCUAUAUGAUGAAAGGUUACGAACCGCGAACUAAAAUCCUUGUAUCGCACGAACCGUCCACCCCGCAUCCACGAAAGUUGUACUGCGUUAAAGAAACGAUUGAGUUUCAAGAGAAGGCUCAGUUGGAUUUAUAAAGUAUUAUUAAUUAGCUAAGAAAUAAUUCAUUUUACGAAAAACCAUGAAAUUCAAAAACGACUCCAUGACAGGUCAGUUAUUUAAGGCCGUAAGUCGGGAUGAAAUAGAGACUACUAAGUUGUCCACGGUGGUUUGGUCUACAUAAUUACUAGGCACAAAAAUCCAACUUUUGCUACAUUGAAAGAUAUUUUCAUACCUUGUUCAAAUUCCUUUUGACUAACGGAAAAAAGUUUUCGAUCGGAUUCAGGCUCGGGCUAUUAGCGGAAAUAUAAAUAUUUCGAUGACCGCAAGCGAGAGCAUGAUGAAGGUUGAAUUCUUUCAUCCUUUUUCUAGUUAUGCGUAAAGAAAAUAUUGGUAGAUAUUUCAUGUAAAUAGCCUUAAGGGGUAUACAAUGAUACUUUUUAGUGUACGACGAAUAAAGGCGUCAUCCAGCCUGUUUGGGGCAGUUUAGGGCAACAUUGCCUUGUUCUAGGAAAUGUUCUAUUGUUAAUUAUUCUCCAGAGAGUGAUUUGUCAAUUGAUGGAUUUAUUAGCCAACAACUCACGCGGCAGCCCUUCAGCUGUCAAUUUUUAUAAGUGCUUAAAAUCAAUGCCUUCUUUCUUCUAUAGAUGGCCAACCCUAUCCUUAGGGUGCAUAAGCUGACUAAGUAAGGUAGUCGCUGGUCAGUGAGCCACUUGUAUAUGGUGUAUUUUCAGGCGUUUUUCAAUGCGUUCAGACACAUUUUUGUGUAAGGGAGGGUCCCCCAAGUAUUUGCUUCGGGCGUCUGCAUGGAAGUAUCUAGUUCUUCCUCGUUUGACUCUUGUCUUUUUCAUGCAUCAACAUACGAAAUCUCUGGGGUAACCAUUCCGAGAAAAUAUUUCAAACAGACAAUCCAGCUCGACUCUCUAGUUUCCUUCGUCGGAACUGUUUUUGCUCGGUUUUGACAGUGAUCCGUGUAUGAGAGGUGGGGUUGUUGCUCUUUAUUUUACUCAUUCCGUAGUAAACGACGUCCGCUUUUAAUUUUAUAUCUAAAGAUAAUUUAUCUUUCAAUCUUGCAAAACUUUUUAAAUUCCCUUAUAUGUUUCAAUCGUCCAAAGACAGUCCCUCCGUCGUUCUAUGCACCUUAAGGAUAGUUAGAAGUUAAACAGAAAAUGUCGGAUUUUGGUCACCUGUUUCUCAAAUCUGCUUACGCCUACUAAUCCGCGGCAUGGUAAAACAAACUGCUGUCAACUAGGUUUAUUUGUGUGUUUUAUGGCAAAAAAGUCACAAAAGUGCGAAAUAGAAUUUUUAAAGAUCAAUCCACUCCUUGUUUUUCGAAAAUAACUUGACUUCGCAUACCUGAAUCCACCUGACAUCCACGAGCGUAAAAUCCAAUUUUCUGUUCCUCGAUAGGAUUUACUUGAGAAUCGUCUUGGUUACAUUAGUGUUGCCCUGUAGCACGACACGUAAAAAUAAGUAGCUUUGACAUGUGAUUUUAAAUAACGUAGGAGAUUACGUGGACAUCAGAAAACGUAAGAUUUUGCCUAAUCUUGACCCGUUUUCUCUCCAUAACACAGAUUUGACAUGAAUUCUCCGUUAAUAACAGGUUUUUGUGCCUCCAAUCAGUUUAGUAAACAAAACUAAUCACACUAACUGUAUGCAGUGCUACCCUCUGAAAUGCCGACCACGACAUUUCAUGGGUUAGGUCAUCUACUGUAACUCUGGACCGACGGUUUUUUCUCUUGCGCUUUAGACGCCGUCAAGUCCUCUUUUCCGUGUUUUAUAGAUCACGAGAUUUCUUUAUGCACCAAACCCUACUAAUACGCUAUUGCAAGAUCUGGUUUUCUUUCCUCUCAGCGUGUCUCCGAUCACCGAUCUCGGAGAAAUCGUCCAGUCCUCGGCAUACAUCCUGUUUUAUGAGAGAAUAAAGGAACCACAGUUGGUAAGUCGUGGAUGGACGCAGUUUCUGAUGGCACUUACCGUUCUUGGUGUCGAUGUUUUGGCUUUUUAUACCCGCUGUAGGUACUGCCGGUAGUCAGCAUCGCGGAUGUGAGAACCCUUUUUAGAAUCAUUUUGUUUGCUAGGUAACGACUUUUCUCACUGUGUGUGUACGUGUGGGUGUGUGUGUUGUACACUGAGCCAGGUGUUCAUUCCCACCCCAAAUGCCGUUGCAAAAUGGUUUCUGUCGUUGUUUUAAUCACAGACGCGGGUGCGUGCGUACACGCGCGUGCGUGUCAAACGUCCUAGAUCUUACUUGAGAACAUGAAUAAAACCAUUCUUUCUUGUACCCAUUCCGCAGAAAGUGACGUCCGCUUUGAAUUUUAUACCUAAAGAAAGUUUAUCUCUCGGUCUUGAGAAACUUGUUCAAUUCCCUUAUUAUCUCUAACCGAACCUUCAUUCAUAAAGGUACAGGCAUGAUGUCGCAUCAAUGGACAUUUCACGUUCUAAGCAUGCCAUAAUUGAGAGCUUUUUCCAAUCCGAAAUAUUCAUAUUGGCCCAACUGUGAGAAACUUGGCGCCUCGGUGGGAGUCGAACCCACGACAGCAAGAGGAACGCUUUAGUAUAGCCAGCGCUCUAUCCACCUGAACUACAAGGCCCCAAAGACGAGAGUUUGAUCACAUAUGGAUUAUGAAUUAUUCAAAAUCUGCCAAAACAGCCGAGUUACAUGAGCCUGGUGGAUUCUAGGCGGAUUACUUUGGAAAUCCUGAUUCGGCAGCCAGCUUCCUGUAUCAGAUUUGGCGGAUUCCAAUCGUUGCAGUUGGCUGGGCGGGGAACUUCACCCAAAUGUCAUUAAACUUACGUCUUCCGGUGUGACCUUGUAGCUCAGGUGGUUAGAGCGUUGGCUGUGCUAAAGCCUUCCCCCUUACUGUCGUGGGUUCGAAUCCCACCGAGGCGGAUAUCUUGAGAUCAUUUUGCAUAAUAGUCAGUAUUACAACUCCACCUACGUAAUCCUUCCUCAUCGAAGAGACACUUCAUGGGCUAGGCCCACCCACUGCACCUGCCUCGUGUUGAGGUAAAGCUCAAGGGGUCCAUGAAGUUCUGCACACUGGGUGGAGGCCUUAAAACGGCACUACUGCCACCGAGAGGGUAUUUUGCAUUUCAUGCAGAAACACCGUAGCGCGUUAUUAAUGGCUUUUGGUCUUAUCUAGUUGUAGAAAUGUGUUGGGUGUCAGGCCCAUUCCAACUAUUGUAGCUUUUCAGCUAGGAGCUCGUAUUCAAUUACUGUCCCCUUUCGGACCCCCAGGUUUCCCUGUCCACUAUGUCCAAGCACAUAGCCCUCCUCGUUCUCUGCCCCUUAGAAGUCAUUAGAGGCCAAAUAGAAAGUGUCAGAUGUUUGCCACCUCUUCCUUAAAUUCUUCAAUUUGUUCCUCCCAUGGUGGAUCUGUAUGUACCGGUAAGGCUUAUGACAGUGCCACUGUCGUGUCCGAUGAUGUCCACCGUGUGUGUGUGCCCCGCAGCAGGAUGAAAGCAGGGCCGGUGACUUGCGCCGGAGUUAGUUUCUCGUGUUAGUAGACUUGCGCCGCAUCUACCACACUCCUUUCUCACUCACCCAUCUGUGGCCCGAUGUCAAGAUUGAGUCGAGAAGACCCGGGGACGGAAUCGGGCACAGGUGGCUGACGAGGCGUGAACCUGAGCCCUGGCGUGUCACCACAUCCUCACAUGUGUGUAGCAUUUGUUAUGGUUGUGCCUCCCCAAUAACACCUACCGUGCCCAAAUCUGUCCCCCUUGUUGGUUCGGCAUAUCUAACACGUGACACGUUGUACGCGGCACACCAGUGUGACUGUAACGAUGGUUAACGACGAAUCUUCAGCAUUUUUUGCGAAUUGCAAGGCACUGCUAACUCGUUGCCUAAAGAAGCCGUUCUCUACGAUGUCGCAGGCUUGGCGACCCCGAAUCAACCACUUAACGUUAAAACAGACCUAAUGGUCUCUGGAAGAAGGUUAAAAAGAAGAGGAGGAGACGAAGAAUAAGAAAAGUGCCCAGUAGAUGUGACGAGAUUUACCGACAAUACGCUCCCUCCUCUUAUAUGCGGUGCUCAUACAACCAAUCCAACACUGCAAAGCCAGUGCAAAGACUGUACUUGGAUAAACCCUCCUCGCAACUAAGCGCCUAUCCACUGUCAAAAAUAAAUAAUCUGACGAACCAGAAUGCUUCAAAAUGCUGCGUAUGCAGAUGGUGGGUGUGCCGACCGGCUCGUGACUCGCUGGCUUCCCCUGUCUCGGAGUGAAGUCACUGCGAGAUAAUCAGUCUUCAGGCCAAUUUGAGUUUAUAGGUUACUUCUUUGGCUACAGACAAAUUCACCAGUUUGUUUAUCGUUUUUUCAGUGUUUCUCAGUUUUCGUGAUGUAUCUACACCUUGCGACUGUUGACCUGUCAACAGUCCUCACACAUUGUUGUGCCACAGUACACCCCGUCUCUCCUAAGGCCUUUUGAGACGUAAGAACUGGAAAGUUUGUAUGUAGAACAACAUUUUGAUUGGGUAUCUGCUGUCCUCCUCUCACCAAAGAUUUUCUACCGUGGUCAUCCAAUGAAUACUUUCUUCAUACGCUAAAUUUUAAUUAACAUGACCUUGAGCCGUCCUGCUCAAAAACAUCAGGAAUCAGAACUUUGUUCUAAGAAUAACAGCGCUCUGUUGGGAUAGAACCAUUCGUCAUCACACCCUGACUGGGGAUUAUCCGACUUUUGUUGGCUAGGUCGAGUUCAUCGUUGGGACUGAGCAUUGAUAUCCGUUUGUGCUUUCAAAGUCGUGUUUUUCUGUCUCAGUUGUCUCCAAGAUUUACAACCUGGGUGAACGGUUUACACAUGAGUGGUGACAGGUGUCUCUAUCACCUCCGGUCUUUCCAGUUUCCCAUGAUAAACCUUUUAUUUUGUCAUUGGCUCCGAGGGAAUGAUCGCAUUGUUUGUGAGGAGAUGUCUCAGCACACGAAUGAGCCCGCCUCAAAGAAGUCGAUCGGCGUGAAUUAGUGGCGACUUUAAGACUGCAGUGACGGGAGAAGGGAGUGUAGGAGAAACGAGGGUAAGAUAUCGUUUUGUAGCCCCACUUGAUGGACACAAUACUGUUGGGGUUGAGGUCAAGGGGUGGGGAUUGCGGCUAUGGGUUAGCGCAACUAUUUCUCAAUCAUUGAAAGUUCAACCACGCACUCCCAAUAGCUUUUCUUUUGCAUACAACUACUUGACCUCGUCGCCCUAUCAAAUCACAUCCGACCGAAACGAAUAGGCCCACUGAAAGCUCACUUUUCCGGUCGUGUUUUACUGCCCUCCCUAUGCGCAUUGUUUACCGAGGGAAAACCAAAAUUACAGGCAACUACUCAGGCCAUCUGUAAAUCUUAAAACUGAAGUCAAAGAUUAUCGAUUGUUAAAGGUUGGCUUACGAACCGGGACAUUUUUAAUGUUAGACCUCCCGCAGUCAGUAGAAGUUCCGCUUGCACCUAUCUUUUUGUUAACCCAUCACUGCUAGUAUGCUCUUUAAUCCCGAUUUACAGGAUGACACUUAGAAAAAAACGGGAGACGAAUCUACUCUCCCCCGUUGCAUAUUCUUCUUUAGCACCUGAGAUUGUCCCACUUACCCGUUUGCUUCGAACCCCUUGUGGUUGGAGGAGUGAUCCCCAGCAUAUCCGUUGUUAUUUUUGGAAUCUGACACCCAAUGGCUAACCGCGUUGUUGCGUUAGAUACAUACGCGACCGUACAUGCGUUAAGCUGAGGUUUUAGGUAAUUUCUAGGGGAAGCAGGAGAAGGAGAAGAAGGAGCGACUGAAUAUGUUUCACAACGGAUGCGCUGUGUAGUCUCCUCAUGCGGAGGAAUAGGACACGCUACAAAACCCUCACAACACACUAAACGCCAUGACUGGAGACAUUGUCACUGUCCCCAUCCGGGCUUAGGGUUGAGCUAUAGUGACUCCUUAAUAAUGCGGCCACUGUAACAUCUUGUACAACUGUGUCCUCUGAGCUACUGAGAGCUGGCUUAACUUGUGUGCGGGUUACGACGUUUGUGCUCCACGCUCGGAUGUGGGAGUUUCCACUGCAUACACGCCCAUCUCAAACCCUGUGUACUACAAUUGGUCCAGGGGGGGGGAGUUGGACGAGAGAAGUCAGAUGCCCCAGAAUUUUCGCUCACUGAAAAUUACCUCAUGCUCGCUGGCCAACAGUUACCUCAUCGGACAGUGAUGGUGGUAGUAGUAGUGAGAGUCCUCAUCUUCUAGAGUGGGCUAACUGUUACCGCCGAAAUCGAGUUUGGUUUCCGGACACUGCCUUAUUUAGUCUGCGUAAGUCCUUUAUGCUGAAUUUAAACUGAGCUUUUGAUCGAUAAUGUUGUCUGCAAAAUCCGACUAAACGCUGCCUCUUGGUUUCUUUUCCCUUUUUCUAGUCAAUGGCCGACGAGGUCAAGUUCCAAAUUGACUCCGAAGGAUCGGAGCCUCGCACACCUCCUAUUCGUCGAAAAUAG